AUGGUCAACGUUCCCAAGACCCGCCGAACCUACUGCAAGGGCAAGGACUGCAAGAAGCACACCCAGCACAAGGUCACCCAAUACAAGGCAGGAAAGGCCUCGCUGUUCGCCCAGGGUAAGCGUCGUUAUGACCGCAAGCAAUCCGGUUACGGAGGUCAGACCAAGCCCGUCUUCCACAAGCGUGCGAAGACUACCAAGAAGGUCGUUCUCCGUCUAGAGUGCACACAGUGCAAGACCAAGGCACAGCUCGCUCUCAAGCGAUGCAAGCACUUCGAGCUUGGUGGUGACAAGAAGACCAAGGGUGCCGCUCUCGUCUUCUAA